AUGGGUGCCAAGGCAGCCGCCCCAGAGGUGCUGGGAGGCCUGGCAGUUCUGAGCCUCGGGGCCUUGGCCCUUGCUCUCCUCCUGUGGCAAGCAUCCCUUCCAUCCACCUCGGGCGAGAGACAACUUGAGGAGGAACCUGCCCCAUCCUGGCACCGUGGCGCCCACCUGGCCUGGGAUCUCAGAGAAGAGGAGGUGUCCACACGGCAGGACAACUGCCAGCUGGUCCUCGUGGAGAGCAUACCCCAGAACUUGCCUCUGUCUAAUCUGACUGCCCAGCCGCUAGCCCAGGCCUGGCUGCGGCUACUCGACAUUGCCCAGGAGAGUGUCCAUGUGGCCUCCUACUACUGGUCCCUCACAGGGCCUGACAUCGGCAUCCAUGACUCCUCCUCCCAGCUGGGAGAGGCACUUCUGCAGAAGCUGCUGCAGCUCUUGGACAAGAACAUCUCCUUGGCUGUGGCCACCAGCAACCCAACGCUGGCCACGAAGUCUACAGACCUGCGGGUGCUGGCUGCCCGGGGUGCCCAGGUGCGGCGUGUGCCCAUGGGGCGGCUCACUGGUGGCGUUCUGCACUCCAAGUUCUGGGUGGUGGACAGGCGGCAUGUCUACCUGGGCAGUGCCAACAUGGACUGGCGGUCCCUGACGCAGGUGAAGGAGCUGGGCGUGGUCAUUUAUAACUGCAGCCAUCUGGCCCGAGACCUGGACAAGACUUUCCAGACCUACUGGAUGCUGGGCGCACCCAAGGCCAUCCUCCCCAAAGCCUGGCCUCGGAACGUCUCAACCAACGUUAACCGCUUCCGGCCCUUCCGGGGUCACUUCCACGGGGUGCCCACCGCUGCCUACUUCUCGGCCUCGCCACCCGUGCUCUGCCCCCAUGGCCGCACGCGAGACCUCGACGCACUGCUGACAGUGAUGGGGCAGGCACGCGAGUUUCUCUACGCCUCGGUCAUGGAGUACUUCCCCACCACGCGCUUUAGCCGCACGCCCAGGUACUGGCCAGUGCUCGACAACACCCUAAGGGCAGCAGCCUUCAGCAGGGGCGUCCACGUGAAGCUGCUGGUCAGCUGUUGGCUCAACACGGACCCCACCAUGUUUCCCUACCUGCGGUCUCUGCAGGCUCUUAGGAACCCUUCAGCGGGCAUCUUUGUGGACGUGAAAGUUUUCAUCGUGCCUGCGGGGAACUACUCCAGUGUCCCCUUCAGCAGAGUGGACCACAGCAAGUUCAUGGUCACCGAGAAGGCAGCCUAUAUUGGCACCUCCAACUGGUCUGAGGAUUACUUCAGCAGCACUUCAGGUGUCGGCCUAGUGGUCAGCCAGAGAGCACCCCAUGGCCAGCAGGGGGUCCCCACGGUGCAGGAGCAGCUGCGGCAGCUCUUCGAGCGGGACUGGGCCUCCCCGUAUGCUGUGGGUCUGGACAGACAGGCUCCAGGCCAGAAUUGCAUCUGGGGGCGCUGA